AUGAUGAUUCUACAAUUGUCACUUUUCGUGCGAGCGUCUUAUAAUCUGAAUCAGUGCAUCAGAGAACGCAUUGUUAACGCAUUGCCAAAAAAUCGUAUGAAAAAAUUGAUUGAAUAUCGAUAUUAUAUGACUACGGUCAAAUUAAACGUCGAUUCACACAAUGUAGUGAAUAGCAAAUUCCCUGACAUAAGUGGUUUCGAGAAUAUUUACUUACACGACCUCAUCUGGGAAAAAGUCGGAAAAUGGUCAAACCACACUGCUCUCGUGUGCGGAAAUACUGGAAGAUCAUAUACGUAUGGUCAGUUGAGAAAAGCAUGCGGUAAACUAGCAACGAGUUUGAGAAAAAGCAAGUUACUGCCGGGGAAUACCAUUGCUAUUGUUUUACCAAAUAUUCCAGAAUAUGCCAUCAUCACACUAGCGGCAAAUGAAGCCGGUUUACGGACAACUCUGAUUAAUCCAGCACACACAGUGUAUGAAAUAAAAAGGCAAUUGGAGAAUGUGGAAGCUGAAGCAAUCUUCACAUUUCCAACUAAAUAUACUGACGUCAAAGCGAGUAUUGAGAAAAAUACAAAAAUAAAAUUACCAAUUGUUAUCGUGAAUGAUGGGACUGGCGCUGGCUCAAUUUCAGGCACAAUCCAAUUAGAUAACCUUAUGCGCGACGACAUCGAAGAUUUUUCAGUUAGUCAAAAAACCGGAAUUAAUUUCGAAGACACGGUAUUCUUGCCUUAUUCCAGUGGCACAACGGGUAUGCCGAAAGGUGUUGAGACGACUCAUAGGAAUAUUGUUGCAAACAUUCUUCAAAGUGCAAAUCCAGUAUUCUUCCCUGGAGUAGAAGCGAGUAAACAUUAUCAAGAUAUUAUACCAUUAAUAUUACCAGUACAUCACAUGUAUGGAUUGAUACUUUCCAUGUAUUGUUACUUGCGAAUAGGUGCUAAGUUGGUGUGUCUCCCGAAAUUCUCCAUGGAAGGAUUUAUAAAACUGCUUGAAAAUCAUCGGUGUACAAUACUGCAUGCCGUACCACCAAUUAUACAGAUGAUGGAAAACAACGAGAAAUUAAUGUCGCGUCACAUUGAAUCUAUGAGAUUAAUAAUGUCAGGAGCUGCACCACUUGGGGAAGAAUCCAUCGCAAGAUUUCAAAGUCGCUUCAAUACCGAUGUGUCUUUUAUCCAAGCAUACGGCGCGUCGGAGCUAUCUCCUCUUGCUACAGUCGGUACUGCAAAUAUAUCGCCGGCAUCGUGCGGGUAUUUGAUUCCAAAUACACAGAUGAGAAUUGUAAGCACGCGAGAUGAUACUAUCGGCAGAAAUUUAGGUGUAGGCGAAAUAGGAGAAAUAUAUUUACGCGGCCCGCAAGUAAUGAAAGGGUAUUACAAAAAUCCCAAAGCUACGGCAGAUACUAUGGAUGGAAAUUGGUACAAGACUGGUGAUUUGGGGUAUUACACUGAAGAUGGUCUACUGUAUGUGAAAGGACGAUUAAAGGAAAUAAUAAAAGUAAAAGGAUAUCAGGUCACACCUAUUGAACUUGAAGAAGUGAUUCGCACUUAUAAUAAAAUACAAGACGUCGCCGUCAUUGGUGUAGCACACGAAAAAUAUGGUGAAAUUCCAAAAGCUUUUGUAGUUCCCAAGUCAGGAGUAAAAAUUAACGAAAACGAGCUAAAAGAAUUUGUCGCUGAACGUGUAGCUAAAUACAAACAAUUGGGAUAUGUACAAGUUAUAGAAAGUAUUCCAAAAACUGUAUCUGGAAAAAUUCUUCGAAAAGUACUUGAAAAUCUGUAACAAAUUCUUCGAAUAUCGAGUUUCGUACUCAAAUUGACAAUAAGAAAUUUCUAAGUAAAUACUGGAUAAAACUUGGAUUCAUAUAUAUAAAUUAUAAUUUCUGAAUGGUUAAAAUUAUGUUCAAUAUUAAUAAAAAUGUUUAUCGUAACAAAAA